UGCUGCUGUUGUUGGUUUACUUUCUUAUACGAAACUCGAAUCCAAGUGGUGGAAUCUGAAGAAGGGGUUCUCUCGUUUUUGGUGUAUUAUUAAAAUAAAACAAAUAAUUAAUUAACAUUGUGGAGUAUAUUACUUAUCUUCGGUUGAAGCACUGUGAGUUUUGGCAACACGUGGUUUCUGAGGAAAGGAAAACCCUUUGUUUGAAUGUAAACACUUUCCCCUUUUGUGGGUUCAUCAUCUUCAAGGCUUUGAGAAUACACACCCUUUUAUUUGUGCUUGUUUUCCUUGUCGUCGCCGGAAGGUUUUUUGCCUUUUGAAGGUCGAGACUUGUGAAUAAAUGAAGGACCAGACGGCUGAUGACUGGCUACCACCUGGCUGGAAAGUAGGGGUGAAACGGAGAAGGAAUGGUAAAAAAGAUAAGUGUUACCAUGCUCCAUGUGGCGAACUUAGAUUCAAUUCGAGGGCAGAGGUGACUCGCUAUCUUGAAAAGUGUGGUUCUAAAACAGAAGAGAAGGAAAAAGUUUCGGGCAAGAAACCUUCAAAAAAGGUUACAGUUGAGAAGGCCGAGGCAGAAGGGUUGCCUCCAGGAUGGACUAAGGAAGUCAGGAUAACGAAGAGGGCAAGGAGAAUCAGAAGAGAUCCGUUUUACAUUGAUCCUGUGAGUGGAUAUGUGUUUCGUUCCAUGAAGGAUGCCCUUCGUUAUGUUGAAACCGGGGAGAUCGGAAAGCUUGCCUUCAAGCCUAAGGAGAAAGGCAGCAAUGACGAUGACGAGGACUUGGAAGAAGAUAAGAUCUUUGCAAAUGAGCCUGUAACUGUCGAGUACCGGAAGGUAACUGUGAAUGGAACAAUUGAUGAAGUGGAGAGACAGAUUGCAGAACAUGUUUCAUAUUCAAGUGAGAUAACAAAGGAAGAAGAGAUGCUUACUUCUUCUAGCACAGGAGACCAGACAUCCCUCUCUAAGCAUACUCCUGAUCAGCAUAAAGCUGGAGUAGGCGCCGAGUUGAGCAGCUUGAACCUGUCUGAAGCUAAGGGCUCGGAACAGAUAGGGCAAAAAGAUUCUGAAGAAGGCGUGCAAGCUUCGGGCAAUGCAGUUGGAAUCCUCUCGCAUAAACAGUGCAGGGAUGAUGCAAAAGACCGAACUGAAAAAUCCCAACAGGGAAAGGGCAAGACCAAGAAUAAGAAAGAUGUUAGUGUUCCUCGACGAGCUUCGAAGCGACUUGCUGCAGUUGCACUUGAUCCAACAUCAGAACUAAAAACCACUAAAGCUUGCCUAAAUAUGAUUAACCAAUCAAAUGUAGUACAUGAUGAAGCGAAGAAUUCUUCCCCUGGUAACCGUAUCGAUAGGGCAUCCAAACAGCUCAAUCAACCCAAGUCUUCUUUGGAAACAGACUGUGCCCUUGAUGCUUCAAAGAGUAAAGAACCAAUACCGGCAACAAGUAACGUGCUUUCUUCUGGGGACGCACUGACAGUGAAUGGUCAUGUUGGAAAAAGUGUUUUGCCUUUGGGGAAUGUUGCUAUUUCAGGAGUACAUUCUGGAAAGCUUGAAAGUGAUGAAAACUUUAGUGACGUGCCGGGAUCCGAUAUCGGCAUGCCUCUUGCAGAUUUAUGGACAGACCCAUGCAUUGCAUUUGCCAUUCAAACUCUAACCGGAAUUCCCUGUGAUACUCCGAAAAUCUCCGAGUCAAACAGUGGUAAAGUUCCAGGGAUUCAAACCACUCCAGAAGCUCUUUCCGAGAGGGAAGAAAACAGAAACGGGAUUGUUGAAAGGCAACGAUGUAGUAUUGAUGUGCCUCCGACAGGUCCAACUAUUUGGAAAGAACAAGCCGGAAAGGUUGAAAAAGGCCACAAGACAGACGAGAUGGCCGGACCAUCCCUUGAAACGCCUUUGGCAGAUAUCUGGGCAGACCCUUGUAUUGAAUUCGCAAUAAAAACCCUAACAGGGGCAAUUCCAGUCGAGUACGGUGUGGACAAUCAGCAUGGCCUUCUACAGCAGCCGAUCUAUACCCCACACCAAUCUGGUAACCACUUAACCCUUCCAGACAUUGGUAUCGAUAAAUUCUCACAAACCGAUUUCAUAUGCCAGCAAUACAACGUCGCGGGUAAGUCCAUGUCAAACGAACAUGGUAUUAGAAAUCCUAUAUAUAAUUACACCCAUCAUCGUCGCGGUGGAGAGAGGCCAUGAAUGCCGAAGGCUAUCAACUUCGAAGCCGUGUAUAGUUCAGGAAACUAGCCGGAAUUUAGA